GAAGGCUUAAUCAUUCUUUGGACAAAUGUGGCCUUGUCUUUAAUGACUGUUUGUUGUCUUGGCGUAGGGCUCUAGUACCAUUAUCUUUAGCCUCGAAUCAUUUUGUGCUGUGGUGUGUAGUGCUACUACCAGUGCUGGUGUCUGGUUUGCGUCAAGAUGGGGCUUGUUUUGGAACCCAAAUGGCAGAUACCAUGUUGUCUCUUUUCUUUUUCCCACUUUAGGGUGCUUUAUAUAUGGAGUAUCUUCCUUUAUACUUUUAGGUGUGUGCUUUAGAAUUGCCCAUGGAAUCCAUCGAGUUCUCAUUUCUUUCUCAAAUUUAAUGUAAGAAUCCAGAAAGAGAAAAUGUCACAUUCUCUAGCAUGGAGGUUGUUAAGCUACUUAACUCCCAUUGUCAAACAAACCAAUAUUUUUGUGUCGCCUUUUACAAUUGAGACAGCAACCCUCCUGUUCUCAUACCAUUUGCUGCCUUGUCACAGUCAUAGAAAAUCAGUUGCAGGGAAAAUGAAGAUUAUAUAUGCAUGUUACGAAGAUUUGAAGAGCUAUGUCAGCACAUCUAGAAACCUACCUGUUCCAUUUAGAAAUCCAAAGGCACACCGUCCACCACCAGUACCUGCACCACCUUCCAAGCUUAAGCACAUACAAAACCCCAAUGCAUGCAGUGCACACUGUCGCGUUUUGGCUUAUCUUUUAUCGUUUGGUAUCCUCAUCAGUUGCUUCUCACUGUUUGUGAUGCAAAAAUCCGUCACUUAAGUUCGCCCAACAGUGUACUAAUUAAUUUAUAAAGCUAAUGUUUUGUCAGAGCAGUAAGAAGGUUUGGCUCUAUUGGCAUGUGGUGGCAGCAGCCUCCUAUUAGUCUAAUGCCUAAAUGCUAUACUUGCACAUGUGUGAUGUCUCAGGACCCAACACUGUUUACCAUAUCCAGGUUGGUUUAGAAAGCCUAAGACACAAAUAAUCGAGCUGGCUGGUUUAAAAGUUUCCCUUUUCCUAGUUUUGCAAGCAGCAAGAACAAGAGAAGCCGGGAGGAAUAAAAAUUUCCUGACCUGAGCGAAAAGGUACAGUGUCUAAUCUACUACUUAUCCAUGGCAACAAGGAACCAGGGGAAAAGCUGUGUGUGGCAUUUUCACGAGUGGUCACAGUCAACGGCCUUUUUGCAGGCACACUAGUGUGAUUGGUGGUGGGUGUGCAGCUGUAUAAAAACCCAGUGCGGGGGUUGGUUUCUGCAGAGCAGUUAGAGAGAGAAAGAGAGGCCUUGUUUUCCCCUCUCUAAAAUGACUGUUUAGCUGUUGACCUGAGGAGUGAGGAGUGCAAGGGAGGUGGUGGACUGGUGGUAGAUAUAAGAUGAUACACUGGUUGCUGAGCACAGUGUAGGGUUUGUUGGAGCUUAGUGUUUCUUCACAAGAAGCCAUUCUGCAUUCUCGGAUCAUCUGGAGCACGUUGCUUGUUGGGUUUCUUCUCUUCCUGCUUCUGAGUUCUGAGCUCUGACCGCCCAACCAAACUCUGUUAGUUUUUGUUUUUCCUUGGGAGGUUUUCAAGGGGUGCCAAGAAAUGGAGGUGGAGGCCCUUGAGAAGAAGGGCCACAGAGCCUUUGCUAAGGCAAUUAAGUCUUUCAAUUCUUCAGAAAGGCACAAGCGUUCUAAGAGUGAUCUUGAGAAUACAUAUGGUAAAGAUGCCUUGUACGCUGCAGACAAAACAUGCGUUCGUCCUAAGCAAGAUGGUGUAAAGGCUAAGGUAAAGAGCGAUUUCAGUAAGGAAGUGCAGCCUGGGAGAGGAGCACAAAGUUCCUUGAGAAAAGAGAUUCUACAACUAGAAAAGCACCUCAAGGACCAGCAGGGUGUGCGUGGCGCCCUGGAGAAAGCUUUGGGGCCAAACGCUGUCCCGGUCAACCUGUCACAUGAGAAUCCAAUGCCAAAUGCUGCAAACGAACUGAUAAGGGAGAUUGCCACACUAGAGCUAGAGGUCAAGAAUAUGGAGCAGUAUCUCCUCACUCUGUACCGGCAAGCGUUUGAGCAGCAAGCACCUGCAUUUUCUCCCCCUGAUCGCCGUGGAGCACCGAAGCUGUCGGUGAGCUCGAGGUCCGGGCAGCUCCGGGAAACACCCGAUGCGAAGGCUUCUUGUAAGAGUAGAGGGGAUUCAAUGCUCCGGUCUAGCUACCCACCGCCACCGUCCCAUAAGAAGUGGAAUGAUCCAUUGACAGAUUGCUCUACAUCCUCUUGCUCCGGUAGACCAAAUGAUUCUGACGUGCUCCGCUGUCAGUCUGCGUUGUCGUACCGUGGAAUCUGUUCAUCUAGGAUAUCACCAGCUGAGGAGAGUCUCGCGAGGGCUCUUCGCUCGUGCCACUCUCAACCUUUCUCAUUUUUGGAGGAAGGAGAUGCUACUGCAGCAGGGGUGAUAAGCUUAGCAGAAUAUCUAGGCACUAAUGUAGCUGAUCACAUCCCUGAAACUCCGAAUAACCUUUCCGAGGAGAUGGUGAGAUGCAUGGCAGGGGUAUAUUGCAAACUUGCAGAUCCGCCAUUGGUUCACCAUGGCUCCUCGUCUUCUCCGACAUCGUCAUUCUCCUCAACCAGUGCAAUUUCUCCACAGUUCCUGGGGGACAUGUGGAGCCCCAGUUACAAGCGAGAAACAACACUAGACUCCCGGUUGAUAAAUCCGUUCCAUGUCGAGGGGUUGAAGGAGUUCAGUGGACCAUACAAUACAAUGGUUGAGGUUCCAGCGAUUUGCCGUGAUAGUCGGAGGCUAAAAGAAGUGGAGGAUCUGCUCCAGACUUACAAGUUGAUUUUGUACCGGUUGGAAACGGUUGAUCUCAAAAGAAUGACAAACGAGGAGAAGAUUGCAUUCUGGGUUAACAUACACAACGCGUUGAUGAUGCAUGCUUAUCUCAGGUAUGGCGUCCCACAGAACAAUCUGAAGAAGUCAUCACUGCUUGUUAAGGCUGCCUGCAAAAUUGCUGGACGCAACAUCAAUGUAGCCGUGAUCCAGAACUUGGUUCUUGGAUGCAACACACAUUGUCCCGGACAGUGGCUACGGACUUUGCUUUACCCAAGGAUCAAAAGCAGAGUGAGCAAAGUAGGGCAUGAGUGGCAAGCCUUUGCCGUUGCACAAACAGAACCUCUUUUACGCUUUGCGCUUUGCUCGGGCAGCCAUUCUGAUCCCGCGGUGAGGGUGUACACUCCAAAGAGGCUGUUCCAUCAGCUGGAGGCCGCCAAGGAAGAGUUCAUCCGGGCAACGGUCGGCGUCUGGAGGGAACAGAAGAUACUGCUGCCGAAGCUCGUCGAGGCAUACGCGAAGGACGUGAAGCUCUCGUCACAGGGCCUCGUCGACAUGGUCCAGCGGUACCUCCCGGAGAGCCUGAGGAUGGCGAUGCACAAGUGCCAGCAGCAGGGGGGCAGGUCGAGCAAGAUCAUAGAGUGGGUGCCCUACAACCUGAACUUCCGGUAUCUGCUAGCUCGGGACCUCGCGUUUCCUCACCUGAACUGACCGUGUACACGGCCCUAGUGAUCAAGUAUAGUGUUCAUGUGUGAUAGGCUUAGGUUUGGGGGGUCGAAGAUGUUUCAGAUUCAAUGAUUUCUGUAGGCUUAGUGUGUGAGUAGUAAACUAGUAGAUGGCGCAUGCAGUGUGUAUUUUGGCGCUGUAAAUCUUUUGUAGAUGAAGAGGAAAUAGGGGAAGAAAAAUGAGAAAAGAGACCUGUUAACGUUUUGCCA